CCGGCCGAAGAGAAUCAUCAUUUUUUUUCCAAAGCUAAACCCCUCCCUGCCCUGAUCCCGUCUCCUCCAAACCUCUCCGCCUUUACCCAUGGCCGCCGCCGCCGCCGCCGCCCUCCGACGGGCCAUCGCCCCGGGCCCCACGCUCCUCCUCCGCCGCCAGAUCCUCGUCCGCCUCCUCUCCACCAGUACCCAGCGCCAGCCCCAGCCCCAGCCCGCCGCCACCAGCCCCGCCGAGCUCGCCCGCAUCAAGAACUCCAUCCGCAGCGCCGCCACGGCGCCGGACGACCUGGCCGCGCACUUCCUGCAGGCGCUCCCGCACCCGGCCUUCCUCGGCGACGGCCCGAUCUUCUCCCUCGCCGUCUCGCGCCUCGUCUCCGCGGGCCGCCGCGACCUCGUCACCUCUCUCCUCUCCACCUCCCUCACCGCCCUCCCGGCGCCGCACCCCUCCGAGGGCUUCCUCCUCCGCCUCAUCGCGCUCUACGCGCAGGCGGGCAUGCCCGACCACUCCCUCUCCACCUUCCGCCUCGUCCGCCCCCCCACCGACCGCGCCCUCUCCGCGCUCCUCGCCGCCUACCACGACGCGGGGCAGCACGACCGCGCCGUCAAGGCCUUCCGCGACCUCCCCGCCGAGCUCUCCAUCGCGCCGGGGCUCGUCUCCCACAACGUGCUCCUCAAGUGCAUGGUCGCCACGGGCGACGUCGCCGGCGCACGCAAGGUGUUCGACGGAAUGCCUGACAAGCCCGACAUCGUUUCCUGCAACGAGGUCCUCAGGGGGUACCUCAAGACAGCGGAUUAUCCCGCGUUCGACCAGCUGCUCAAGGAUGUCACGGGCAGCAAGAGGCGGCUCAAGCCCAACGUCACCACCUACAACCUCCGGAUGGCCGCCCUGUGCGCCAAGGGCAGGAGCUUCGAGGCUGAGGAGCUGCUGGACGCCAUGGCUGCCAACGGCGUCCCGCCCAACCGGGAGAGCUUCAACACCGUCAUCGGGGGGCUCUGCAAGGAGGGGGAGGUGGAUGCUGCCACACGGCUGCUCAAAAAGAUGCCGGAGGUGCCGAGGCCGGGCGGGAAAGGCGUGCUGCCCAACUCUGAGACCUACAUCAUGCUACUCGAGGCGCUGGUCGAGAAGCGCACGUUUAGCCCUGCGCUGGAGGUGUGCAGGGAAUGCUUGCAGAACAAGUGGGUGCCACCGUUCCAGGCCGUCAAAGGCUUAAUUGUAGGACUGGUGAAGAGCAGGAAGAUCAAGCAUGCCAAGGAGCUCGGCUUGGCAAUGAAGAAGGCCGCCAAGGGUGACGCCAAACAAGAGUGGGAGAAGGUCGAGACUGCUGCGUUCCAACUGGCGCUUGGUGAAGCCAAAGCGUAAUCACCGCUUGCAUAUGCGGAUGAGUUGUUGUUUUUUUCACUUUGAAAUCUGUCACGACAUUCACGUGUCUUCAUGUGCUAGUUUGUGUCGGUUCAUUUGGUUUCUUUUCUCAUAUAGGGUAUUUGCAAUUCUCAACUAAUGGGAGGUCUACUGGAUGGUCAUGUAGCGUGAGUUACCAGUUUAUCACGUUGGAUGAUGCAGUUCUUCCUUGUUCUUUGUUGCAAUCCAGAUUUAUAUGUUGUAGUUCGACUUAUUUUCUAAAAUUUUGUUAAGUGCUGUAUGAACAUCCUA